GAAGAAUUUCGAAGUAAAACAAGCUUGGCUAGUAUACGUAAAAGUCUUAACGCGCCAACACGCUGUCGCCUAAACUGUUAUUUCCACCUCAAAAUUGAUAUAUUUUAAAAAUUUAAAACUGGUAUCGUAUUCGUAUAUGUUCAAAGUGUCUACAGUGAAAAUUUCGUAUGAAUACGCGUACGAGAACUUUGUAAAAACGACUCCAAACUUCCAGAAUAUUUAACAUACAAUAUAUAUCUCUAUGUAGGCGAAGCGAUGUUGUCGGAUUGAUACUAUAGCCACGUUGCCGGUAUCGUGGUGGCUUUUAACAAUGUGUUACGGAGCGGCUGUGACAGUUGAAUGCACAAGAUAAAGAUUUCUUCACAAUUAGACUCGUCAUAAUGGCUGAAAUGGAUAAAAAACGUGGUGGAAAAAUUCUCGUUAGAGAUUUGAAUAGCGUCAUUACUUGCAGGCUUUGCGAGGGUUAUUUAAUAGACGCAACAUCUUUAACGGAAUGCGAUCACGUGUUUUGCCGAGCUUGCAUCCUCCGACAUUUUGAUAAUACCAAAACCGGCUGUCCGACUUGCAACACUUUCUACAAGAAAAAAUCACAAACUUGCUUCAGGGCUGAUCCCCAAACUCAAGCUUUGGUAUACAAACUAGUCCCUUCUCUAUUCGCCAAGGAAUCUCAACGAAGAGAAGACUUCUACAGAAGCACCGGCGUCAGGGCGUCGAGUUCCUGCAGCGACGACAGCGUCAUAGAAAGAGAAAGAGACAUGAUGAAUGAUCAGGAGGAGAUUAUCUCGAAAGCGUUCGGUGGUAAAAACCAAUUUCUUAGUCCCGAAGAUCUAAUUUCGUUAUCUUUGGAAUACUACCAGACACAUUUGGACACCACAGAUAUAGAAGAACCCGCGAUAAAUUCCCCGUUUAAUGGUACUAUAUCUAAGACGCAGGUCGUUAACGAUAUUAGUGAUAGUGUAAAUAAAAUUAAAGACAGUGAAAGUUGUAAAAGUGAUAAAGAUUCUAAUAAAAAAGACGAGAAUGAAAACAAUUGUGAUAAAAGAUUUUUACAGUGUCCAGCCGCUGUUUCUAUGAAACAUCUACAGAAAUUCAUAAGGAUGAAAUUCGGACUCACCGGGGACCAUAGAGUGGAUAUUAUAUAUAAGGGAGAAGUUUUGAAGAAGGACUUCAGUUUGAUGGAUGUCGCUUAUACUUUCAACUGGAAAAGGGAAAAACCGAUGAGAUUCUUCUAUAGGAUCUUUACUCCUCUGAAGAUAAGACCCAUAAAGAUAGUUAAUACGACUUUACUAGGAGGCGGUAAACAAUUACAAAUAGUACCUGUUAAAUCAACUUCGGAAACGCAACGUUCACCUGUUCCUAAAGAAGAAAAAGUUGAAAAACUCGAAGUGAAAGCAACUUUAUUAGAAGAAACCGAAGAUCAGAAAAAUCACAAAGAAAGACUCUUCGCUCACUUACAAUUACAAAGUAAAACUCAAGCUGAAAAAGAAAGUAAAAAAGUACCUGAAAAACCUCAACCAAAAGACUGUGUUUUCGAAUACGAAGAACCCGACCAAGAGGAAAUAAAGAGAUUCGCCGAAAUAAGAGAUAGAGAAUGGGCGAAGAAAUUAGACGAAGAAAGACGCAAACAAGAAAAUGAAGAAUACUCGCCGCACCAUUUCAGUAAAAAGAGAAAAAAGAAUAAGCAUUCGAAGAACGAAUUUAAUAGUCAUAAGAAACGUAAAUUACACGCCGAAAUAGCUUCUAAUCAAGAAGAUUUAAAAUUAAAAGUGAAAAUAACAAAUAACGGCCAUAAACAUAAACAUCACAAAAGUUCACAACUUUCCGAAAAAGAAAAAUCAAACACCGAAAUGAGUUCGAAAGAAAAAUUACUCCAAAUGCGACAAGUGAGACAUAAACAUAUUGCCAGUGAAGACAAAAACGUUCAAACAAGUUUAAUACAGAAUAAUGCGGAUAAAGUAGAAGAGAAAGUAGAAGAAGUAAAAAUAAAAGCGUCGGAAGAUAUUAAAAAAUUGAAAAUAAAAGUAACGGAACCUUCAACGAAAGUAACAGAAUCGGCAAUACUUCCGAAACAAACAAGCGAACCUACUAGUACCAGUCCUAAAGUAGGUACUUUCCUAGAAUCCAGUAGUCCUAAAACCGGAUUCACCGUCAAAAAUCCAGCCGAAAAAGAAUGGGGAAAGAAACUACCGACCGUUAAUUUAGAUAAAAACGAACAAACCGAAAAUCAAGCGUUUCUCAAAGCCUUCCACGCUUACGCCGAAAAAUACCACAACGAAAAAAACCAACAAAAUAAAUUGAAAACAGCCAAAAAGUUAAAUAUGGAAAAACAAACACAACAACCAAAGACUGAAAUCAAUAAAAUAACAACAAACAAUAAAUCGUUGAAUCUAAAAUUAGCUAAUUUACAACAGAGAUGCACAAUCGAACCGAAACAACCGGAAAAAAAUAUACUAACUCAUUAUCCACCCGGAUUUACAGUUAGUAAAAUAGAACAAGGGGUGAAAAGAAAACCCGAAGAAAACGAUAACGUAAACGAUAAAAGACCGAGUCUAGAAAUAACACUAAUCAACCCCACCAACAUCCAAAUAACUACACCGAAACCAAUAGAAAAACUACCAAUAAAAAGACCACCGCCUGCAACAAUUCCUUUAGAAAAAAUAAAAAAAUCCGUUAAUCUAAAAUCCGGUAUAAGCAUAAUACCUAAAAUGCCCGACAAUAACGCCCCGUUAGACUUAUCGAAUAAAUCCCCCGAAGCAUCCCCCAGAAAUUCCCCGAAAAUAGAAACCCCUAACGGUCUCACGAUCACAACCAAUCGACAAUUGAACGCUCUAAAUCGACCCGGAGAUAAAAACAACGUCGCGGCUUUAUCCAACCUCCAAAUGUUAUCUAAAGUAGCUACCGAGCAAACGAACCUUAACAACAAACCGCAAACCACCCCAAACAAACCCAGACCCCAAAUGCCCAAUUUACAAACGUUAAAAAUACCCAAUUUACAAAAUUCAGUUCAAAUGAAAACGCCCAAUUUACAAAAAUUACCGAAAUUGAACGAAAUACAAAAAUUUCGACCGACGGGACAGAUCAGAAACGUCAGACCGAAUCAGAAUCAGAAUAUCAGAAACAUACCGAAUCCGAGUCUUCUGAUAAAUCGACAACAGAACCAGAAUAGAAUCGGAAUCAACAACGCGACUGAUACGCCGAAAACGACGACUACUUCGACUAGUUCCAACACCAACAAUUCUGUUAAAACGUUAGACAGUAAAAUGCAAGAAAAAAAAGAAAUAUCCGUGUGAAUAAUCGGCGAUUUGUGAUAAAUUUGGAGAAUAGGAAAAUUGUGAUAGACGCCAAUUUGAAUUUGAAUCUUCGAUCAGUAUUAACGGCGACAUUUCUCGCAUUUCAAAUACCGUUUCGUGCUCGUAAAAAAACUAUAACAAGCCAUUACUCUAUCCGACAUGCGUUUCCAUUUCAGAAUAACCACAGGUCUUACAAUCCCGUUACCAAAUUGGAAAUUCACCAAACACAUAUAUCAAACUUUGCAAUUUCUACUUCCUUCCUUUUUAUCUUCUAUCUUUAGUACACUUCUCCUUCAAUUUAUGUCCUCUAUUCAACCAGUACAGUAUUCAUUCUCUAUAGUUUUAAAUCUGACGUUUUCCAUUUCUCUAUUUAACCUGAAUCUCCUCUUAAUUCCAUCUCCCUCGAUUUGUGCUCUCUUGACACUUCGUUCUCUAUUUACUGUUAUAUUAGGUUCGUUACAUAUUUCUUUCGACCAGCCUCUUCUCUUUCUGAUUCUCUCAUCUUUCAUUUGUACUCCCUUGACGAUUCUCUUUGUAUUAGAUCGAUUCUUAUGCUUCAAUCACCUGAUCCUUUGCACUCUGACUACAUGUGGGAUAUUAGGCUCAUCAUGUAUCCCUUUCAGCCCUUCUUUCGACUUUCCUGUUUUUCCUUGUUACUCCUUCUCCUAUCAUUUGUGCUCUUUUGAAGAUUCUUUUUGUAUUCGAUCGAUCCUUAUGCCCCAAUCACCUGAUCCUUUGCACUCUGACUACUUCGACUUUCCUGUCUUAUCAUUUGUGCUCCCUUCAAGGUUCUCUUUGUUUUCGAUCGAUAUUUAUGCCCAAAUCUCCUAAUUCUUUGCACUCUGUUGGAUAUUAGGCACGUUAUGUAUCCCUUUCAACCCGUCUUUCGACCAGCCUCUUCUCUUCUGAUUCCCCCAUCUUCCAUUUGUACUCCCUUGACGAUUCUCUUUGUAUUAGAUCGAUUUUAUGCCCCAAUCUCCUAAUUCUUUGCACUCUGACUACUUGUGGGAUAUUACGCUCGUCAUGUAUCCCUUUCAGCCCUUCUUUCGACCCCCUCCUUUCCUUAUGACUCCCUCUCCUAUUAUUUGUGCUCCCUUGAAGAUUCUCUUUAUAUUCAAUCGAUUUCUUUAACCUAAUUGGACGGCUUUAGAGUAUAUAAGCUCUCCUAUGGCGAGGUCUUCUUCGGCGACAAGACCCCUUUAUCCGUUUUGUAGAUCAACUGGCCAAUUUCUUUUUGAUCUUCUAAUUUGAUCCUUUAUGGUCUCUCCAUGUGAGUCGUGUGUCUAGAUGCAAACCUAAGUAUUUGGUGUUAGUAGUACUUUGUUCAUAUAAACAGAAGGGCACUGGUCUUUUCUUAGAUUGAAGAUCACUUGAAAGGAUUUCUUUUCGUUUGUAUCGAAAUCCAUUUGCUCAGUCACGUUUGGAAGUCGUUUAAACGUGUCUGCUGGAUUCUAGAAACUGCAACUGGACUUUUGUUGCUUGUAGGGCAUUAUGAUAUUUCUUCCGAAUCUUCUUCAUGAUCCCCCUAAGUAUUUCCUUUUCCCAUACUUCAAUUUUUUCGGGAUUCUUUAUGGUUAGCACUCAGGACUCAUUCCUAUACACAAUUAUUGUUUUUUUGCUCGCGAAAUAUUGAUUAUCUGGAUCUAGUCAUCUUCUUUUCUCAAAUAAUACCAGCACUCAAAGUGUCUUCACCUUAAACAACAAUGAUUUGACUAUAAAUGUCAAAUUUUACUGCACGAACUUCGUAGUCGGCGGUUUUGUCGAAAGGUGGCGGAAUUUAUAAAUGUAGACUAGAUCGUGUGGUUCCAUAAUGACGUCUGUAGCUACCUGACGCGCGUGCGCUAAACGGUUAUUUACCAAGUUUAAGAAAUCUGUAAAUAUGUAACCGGUUUUAUUAUCGAUGUUCCACUUCAGAACUAGGUACCCCUUUUAACUAUGUAUGUUUGUGUGAAAUUUUAUCUUAUGAUCAAGCGAUUUUAGUGUUUAAACUGUGUACUAAUUCAGUUUGUUGACGGCUAAUUUAAUGUCAAUUCUACAAUUUUUAAUCUGUUGUGAUGUCUUAUGAAAAGAAAUAUUUUUUGUUUUAAUCAUAUAUUUAUCAGAAAAAAAGUCGUUGUUCCAUUUAUUUACGAGGUGAGUCGUAAACAACGAUCUUAUAAUUGUUAUGAACCAAAUUUAAUUUAUGCAAACAAUGUCAAUGAGUGGCUGACAUAUGAAUUUAUUUCUUCUUUAAUUGAUCCAAUUGAAAAAUUCUUAAUGAAAAUCAUUUUUUUUCUUACCUAACUAAAUUAAUUUGGUAUAAGACUUCUUUAGAUUGUCUUCAUCAUGUUUUCUUAUUUAAUUUACAAUUUUUCGUAGAAUAACGUUUCUCUUACUUAAAAUGUCAGUAUUUGUUUUCCAGAUAAUUAAAAUUUAUUAGAAUGUUCAAAUUAACGAUUUCUGAUUAUAAUAUAUUCACGUUUCUCAUUAUAAAUAACAUCCCUGAUUUAAUUUCCUUGAAAAUGAUUCAAGUUUAACAAGAAAUACGUUUCUAAUUUUUCAAAUUACACACCUUGUAUAUAAAAAAAGAUCAUAUAUAUACCUAUUGUAGUGCAAAAGCUAUUAUUUUAUAAUCUGAACUCAUAACUUUUUAAAUACCCUGUAGAUUGAAACUUACGAUGAUUUCAAAUGUUCUACGAGCACAAUUUGGUACAUAACUGUUGAUAUAUCUCGUAAAUUGAAAAAAAAAACUAUUCUACGAAUACAAGUUCGUUCAUAACUUUCAGAACACCCUGUAGAUUAAAACAAAUAAUAAGAAAAAAUGUUGUACGAGAAUAAUUUCAUCCAUGACUUUAAAGAAAACCCUGUAUAUUGAGACAAAUGACUAUUUAAAAUGUUCUACGAGUGCAAUUUGGUCCAUAAUUGUCGAAACAACUUGUAAAUUGAAAUAAAUAACAAUUAGAUUAUAUAAUUUGGUCCAUAACUUUUUAAAUACCCCGUAAAUGAUGAUUUCAAAUGUUCUAUGAGUUCAAUAAGAAUGUAAUACAUUCUAAGAGAACAGUUUGGAAUAUAACUUUUGAAAUACCCUGUAGAUUCAAACAACUAAUUAUUUAAAAUGUUCUUUCGGUGUAAUUUGGUCCAUAACUAUCAAUAUAUCUCGUAAGAGAAAAAGAAAAUAUUUAAAACUAAUUACAAAUACAAGUUUGUUCAUAACUGUCAAAAAAACACCCUGUAGAUUGAAACAAAUAAUAAUUUAAUAUGUUUCACCAGUGUAAUUUGGUCCAUAAUUGUCGAUACAUUUCUUAAAUUACAAUAAAUGUGUUAUAUAUGCAAUUUGGUCCAUAACUAUCAAUCGAUGUUUUGAAUUAAACCAAAAAAUAUUUCAAAAUUUCCUAUUGUUUUGUAUUUUGAUUAUUCUUAUUAAGUUUAUCAGUCUGUAUAGUAAGUUCCUUAUUUUUAAAGUGUUUUUUUACUAUUUUAGUAAGCGAUACACUUUGCCUCAAGACUUUGUACUAUUUGAGUUUUUCAAAUUUUAUUAUGGAUUCAGUUUCAUUGUUGUUGUUAUGUUGUUUAUUUUCAAACGUGUACAUAACAAUAUUGUACAUAUUUUAAUGUGUUUUUAAUAUAAUUUUAUUAAAAAGUAGAUUCAAAUUUUAUGUAGAUUCAUAGUGUGGCCAAACAAAAUCCAAAAAUAUCAUUGUGUCAAAAUAUUUACGUAGCCGUGCUUCUGUUAGACCACCCUGUAUUAAAUAUAACCAAAAGAAAAUACACUAAAUAUUAAAAUGUUAUAAAUAAUGAUAUACAGGGUGUACUGUAAUAAAAUGUGUUUUAUGGAACAAUAUAUUUGUAAUGAAAAAAUAUUUUUUUGUCUGUUAUUUUCUCAAUUUUUAAUGGUUGAAUAUUUUCUUUUGAGUUAUCUAGAGCCACGAUGUACGUAACCAAAAUUUGUAUAAAAAAAAUAGAUAUUAUUAGUUAUCCUCACCUCAUUUAUAAUUUGGUAAAAACCAAUUUUUAGAAUAUGGCUACCGUUAGUGGAAAAGUACAAUUUUUACAAACAAAAUUUUUGAAAAUAAAAAUAUAUGAAAUAAAUUUCACUUUCGUGUAGAAUAAUGUAUAUGUAUCUGAAUAUAUUGAUAUUAUCG